GCUGAGCUUAAACUGAAGCAAGUUCGGAGGACGCCGGUGGAGUCUUGAUCUGAAGAAGCGUUUCCAUGUUUGCGGCGCUUGCACGUUCACGAGAGGUGUGAACCCGAAGAAAUGGGACGCCGGUCAUCAGAUACUGAAGAAGAAAGCAGAAGCAAGAGAAAAAAGAAACACCGUAGACGGUCAUCUUCGAGCAGUUCCUCAGAUAGUAGAACAUACAGCCGAAAGAAAGGUGGAAGGAAGUCAAGAUCAAAGUCAAGAUCUUGGUCCAGAGAUCUGCAGCCUCGUUCACAUUCUUAUGAUAGGAGACGCAGGCAUCGGUCAAGCAGUAGCUCUUCUUAUGGCUCUAGAAGAAAACGAAGUCGAAGUCGUUCAAGGGGUCGAGGGAAAUCCUAUAGAGUUCAAAGGUCUAGGUCAAAAAGCAGAACACGGAGGUCCAGGUCAAGACCUCGUCCACGUUCCCAUAGUCGAAGCAGUGAAAGGUCCAGUCACAGAAGAACCCGUAGUCGGUCUCGGGAUAGAGAACGACGUAAAGGCAGAGACAAGGAGAAAAGAGAAAAGGAGAAGGAUAAAGGCAAGGACAAGGAUAUCAAACGUGGGGAAUCUGGAAACAUCAAAGUUGGAUUAGAACAUCUGCCACCAGCUGAACAAGCCAAAGCCAGACUACAGCUGGUUCUUGAAGCCGCUGCAAAAGCUGAUGAAGCAUUGAAAGCCAAAGAAAGAAAUGAGGAAGAAGCAAAGAGAAGAAAGGAAGAAGGUAAAGGCAUGUGUACCUUUUUUUCCAAGGAGUGUCUGUUUGGCACAAUUCUCCGUAUUCCCUGGAUAGACCUUAGGAAAUAA